AUGGAAGCAGAAACAGGGAGCACCAUGGAGACUGGAAAGGGCACCAAUCGAGGCGUUCGAAUUGCACUGGCCCUGUUUGUUGGUGGCACCCUGGUCCUGGGCACACUGCUCUUCCUAGUGAGUCAAGGUCUCCUAAGCUUCCAAGCUAAACAGGAGUACUGCCUGAAGCCAGAGUGCAUAGAAGCCGCCGCUGCCAUCAUGAGCAAAGUAAAUCUUUCUGUGGAUCCUUGUGAAAAUUUCUUCCGGUUUGCUUGUGAUGGCUGGAUAAACAAUAACCCAAUCCCUGAAGAUAUGCCAAGCUUUGGAGUUUAUCCUUGGCUGAGACACAAUGUUGACCUCAAGCUGAAGGCACUUCUGGAGAAAUCAGUCAGUCGAAGGCGGGACAUUGAAGCUGUACAGAAAGCCAAAAUCCUUUAUUCAUCCUGCAUGAAUGAGAAAGCGAUUGAAAAAGCAGACGCCAAGCCCCUGCUCCACAUCUUGCGGCAUUCACCUUUCCGCUGGCCUGUGCUUGAAGCUAAUAUUGGUCCUGAAGGGGUUUGGUCAGAGAGAAAAUUCAGCCUCUUGCAAACGCUUGCAACAUUCCGUGGCCAAUACAGCAAUUCUGUGUUCAUCCGUUUGUAUGUGUCCCCCGAUGACAAGGCGUCCAAUGAACAUAUCUUGAAGCUGGACCAAGCAACACUCUCCCUGGCUGUGAGGGAAGACUUCCUUGAUAACAGUACGGAGGCCAAAUCUUAUCGGGAUGCCCUUUAUAAGUUCAUGGUGGACACUGCGGUGCUUUUAGGAGCUAAUAGCUCUCGAGCUGAACAUGACAUGAAGUCAGUGCUUAGACUGGAAAUUAAGAUAGCUGAGAUAAUGAUUCCACACGAAAACCGAACCAGUGAGGCUAUGUAUAACAAAAUGAACAUCUCAGAACUCAGUGCUAUGAUUCCCCAGUUUGACUGGCUGGGCUAUAUCAAGAAGGUCAUUGAUACCAGACUCUACCCACACUUGAAAGACAUCGGUCCCUCGGAGAAUGUGGUGGUCCGCGUCCCACAAUACUUUAAAGAUUUAUUUAGGAUAUUAGGUUCUGAGAGGAAGAAAACCAUUGCCAACUAUUUGGUGUGGAGAAUGGUUUAUUCCAGAAUUCCAAACCUCAGCAGGCGCUUUCAAUAUAGAUGGCUGGAAUUCUCAAGGGUGAUCCAGGGGACCACGACUCUGCUGCCUCAGUGGGACAAAUGUGUAAACUUUAUUGAAAGUGCCCUCCCUUAUGUUGCGGGGAAAAUGUUUGUGAAUGUUCACUUCCAGGAAGAUAAGAAGGAGAUGAUGGAAGAAUUGAUUGAGGGUGUUCGCUGGGCCUUUAUUGACAUGCUGGAGAAAGAAAAUGAAUGGAUGGAUGUGGGAACAAAAAGGAAAGCUCAAGAAAAGGCAAGAGCUGUUUUGGCAAAAGUUGGCUAUCCAGAAUUUAUAAUGAAUGAUACUCAUGUUAAUGAAGACCUCAAGGCAAUGAAAUUUUCAGAAUCGGACUACUUUGGCAAUGUGCUGCAAACCCGCAAAUAUUUAGCACAGUCUGAUUUCUUCUGGCUAAGAAAACCUGUUCCCAAAACAGAGUGGUUUACAAAUCCAACAACAGUCAAUGCCUUUUACAGUGCAUCCACCAACCAGAUACGAUUUCCAGCUGGUGAGCUGCAGAAGCCUUUCUUUUGGGGAACAGAAUACCCUCGAUCCCUGAGUUAUGGUGCUAUAGGAGUAAUUGUUGGACAUGAAUUUACACAUGGAUUUGAUAAUAAUGGUAGAAAAUACGAUAAAAAUGGAAACCUUGAUCCUUGGUGGUCUGUGGACUCGGAAGAAAAGUUUAAGGAAAAAACAAAGUGCAUGAUUAGCCAGUAUAGCAACUAUUAUUGGAAGAAAGCUGGCUUAAAUGUGAAGGGGAAGAGGACCUUGGGAGAAAAUAUUGCUGAUAACGGAGGUCUACGAGAGGCCUUUAGGGCUUACAGGAAAUGGGUAAAUGACAGACGACAGGGGGUUGAAGAGCCUCUCCUACCAGGCAUCACAUUCACCAACAACCAGCUCUUCUUCCUGAGUUAUGCUCAUGUGAGGUGCAAUUCCUACAGACCAGAAGCCGCCAGAGAACAAGUCCAAAUUGGUGCUCACAGUCCUCCACAAUUUCGGGUCAAUGGUGCUGUUAGCAACUUUGAGGAAUUUCAGAAAGCUUUUAACUGUCCUCCGAAUUCCAGCAUGAACAGAGGUGUGAAUUCCUGUCGACUCUGGUAG